AUGAAACUCGCCAUCGUUGGGGCCACCGGCCAGACUGGCGCUGUCAUUGUAGACGCGCUCCUCAAGUCAACUACACCUAAAUUUGAGAUCGUAGCUCUGACUAGGCCUUCCUCCCUACAGAAGCCUGAGGUGGUUGAGUUGGGGGAAAGGGGGGUUGCGAUUGUUGCUGCUGACCUCGGGGGGUCAAAGGAUGAACUAACAGAAUUGCUCAAAGAUACCGACGUAGUCGUCUCCACCAUCUAUGGAGGCAGUGUGGCAGCUGAGAUUUCUCUGAUUGAUGCUUCUAAAGCCGCAGGUGUCAAGCGGUAUAUACCUUGCUUCUUCGCCACGGUGGCGGCUCCCAAGGGUGCCCUUAUGCUCCGAGACAUGAAAGAGGAUGUGCUGAACCACAUUAAGAAUAUUUUCUUGCCCUACACAGUCAUAGAUGUCGGUUGGUGGUACCAAGUCAAUUUGCCCCGCCUCCCUUCUGGUCGCAUCGACUACGUCGCUAUGGAGACCACAGAUGGCAUUGCUGGGGAUGGAGACGUUGCAUUUGCUUUGACAGAUCUUCGGGAUGUUGGGCGUUAUGUUGCUCGCAUUAUUGCUGAUCCUCGGACUCUGAAUCGAAUGGUUUUCGCUUACAACGAAGUCGCUACCCACAGCCAACUGUAUGACUUGUUGGAAGAGGUCAGUGGGGAGAAACUCGAGCGCCGAUAUGUCCGCGCCGAGGCGAUCGCAGCCAGCAUCGCCGAGAUGGAGGCCGCAAAGCCAAGUCCAGAUUCGUCUGAGUUUGUGACGCUAGCGAAGUACCAAUACUGGUAUUCCUGUGGCGUUCGAGGGGAUAACACUCCCGAGUAUGCUCGAUACUUAGGCUACAUAACCACCAAGGAGCUAUACCCUGACAUGGAAUGGACCAGCCUUGCGGCGUAUUUUCAGGACGUUAUUGAUGGCAAAGGGGAGAGAGUGUAUAAGCACCUACUGGACUUGCCGGCCUUCAGCAAUGCCAAGAAGGCUUGA